AAUAAUAAAUAAUAUCUAAUUUUAUUCUUUCAGGAUACACAAGGAAGCUGCAGUAACGAGAUGCAUUCGACCUAUGCCGCGCUAUACGCUUUCCGAUUGUCACUGAAUCAGGCAGCCAGUCCAGCUUUAUACAGGGCUAGGAGCUUCGAUCGUGGCAUGGCGACAUCCGCAGUCUUCCUCGCAACCCUCGGACUGUCGAUGAGCAUGUUCUCGUUGAAACAGAUGCAGUCGUCGCGCCAACGUCGUCUGCGAAGGCUCUGCUAGAAAUCCCCCCAUCGCGAUCGUAAUUCAUCAACAAUCAAAAUCAACAGUCAACUUGAAGAAAUGAGUCCAUCAGUCGUGAAAACGUGCCUGCGCGACAGUUCAUCCCAGUGGGCGACGUUAUUCUGAAGUCAACAAUGCGGCGUAUGUCGGGUUGAGCUAUACCUCCACGUCUAGAAUGAGAGUUUUGCGGUUUGUACCUAUGUCGUAUCAGGCAAUUUGCAAUUGCGUAUAAAUUUCGCGGCACGUUCCUCUAUUGGAGCGCGAACGACUUGUACGUCUGAAGAAUCAUGUCCUCGAUUCGUAGACGCGCUUGCAAGACCGCGCGCUUCAAUCACGUGGAAUUCAGCACUUGGUACAGACAGGGAUUGCAAACGCGAUGGGAAAUAUAGAACAUAGACUGGAAUGUGAACUCUAUUCUGGAAGAAAACGGGAUAAAUGAGAUGGAGAAUUUCAACUUGUCCUUUUCUGUGCUUUUCGAGAACAAUUGAAUACAUUGACCAAUCAAAAGUUCGCUAAACAGAAAUGGAAACAGAGCAACCCGUUUUUUUUCUUCUUGGUACCCGGGCGCUAGCGUGGGAGUUCACAUUUCAGUACAGUAUAUAGUCCAUUGGAUUUUCGUCGAAGACAGCAUCGGCUUCGAGCAAGACGUGUACGCUUCGUGAGUCCGCGAAUAUGUAAUAGCUUCUUCUCCCCCUAGAAACGAUAGCUCAUCUCAUCAAAAGGGAGAGAUUCUAGUCGUGCGAGUAAACGAGAAACGGUGCAGCGAAUGCGACGGCAAUUCUUUUCCAGGAAAACUUUCGCUAGCGAUUGAUAUAUCAGAGGAUUUUUGCGUUACUUUGCACCACGACUUAGCUUAGUUUUAUCGAUUAUUUAAUAGUUCCUUCUGGCGCACAGUCGCGAUUGCUGAUGCAUCGUAACUCGAUUUCAUGAUAUAUCGCACGCCAUUUCUUUAAUACUGAAUCGAUUAAGGGGAAAAAUUACACCGAGGAAUGACAUUAAAGGGUUAACUAUAUUCAUAAAAACCAUAUUUAAACAAUCAAGGAUUAAGACUAAAUUUUCUGUUAUCACUAUGCUCAAAGAGAUGGGUUUUAUAAAUUAGUUCUGAUCGAAAGUUUUCCUCGAAAAGACAGCCUCGCUGCGAACGAGGGCGAGCCAAAGAGUUUCGCUGAACUGAAACAAGCGAACUUAGUUGAGGUUUUUAACGUUAUUAGAUAGACUCGGGUCGUAACUUGACGUUCAUCAAUCAUAUAUCGUUGAUAAUGCUCAUCUCGUCUUUGUCCCCGUAAAGUCGAGUUAUUUGAAUUAGUCGUUGAACCUGAAGCAUAAGUGGCACAUGUAGAUUGUACGCAUAUGUACUGCAGUUGUUCAUCGCAAAUCUCUUCGCGACGUAAUCGCCUAAAACCCUAUUAAACCCUCCUCGGUGCUUUUGACAAAUUAAAAUAUUCUAGUGCAAUUUUUCUCCCUUGCUAUUCGACACUAUUUUUUUCAUUUUACGCGACAAACAUACCGUGCUGUAAUUAUCACAAAAAUAUACAAUGUAUUCUGUCAACAUUAUACGAAUCUGUGUAUUAGGAUGUAUUAGUGCCAUCUCAGAGCAUUUGUAAGGUCAUUGUUUUUAAUAAAAAUGUUGAUUCAAUUAA